UUUUGUACCUAUACAAGCUUCCUUUUGGUAUAUAAUUAGCCCACACCAACAUCCUCUGCUUCCCCCCUCACCUUCUGAACUUCCAAGGAAGAGACUUAACCAGUCAAGAGUUCAGUUAAGGAGAGAGAGCUUUCUUGACAAGUAAAUUAAGAUGAUGAUCAAGUUGAGGUCAAAGAAGUCUUCCAAGAGCAGCUCCAAGCUUGGGAAUGGUGCCAAUGGCAAUGGAGGGAGCAGCCUCAAGGGGUCAUCAUCAAUGGACAAGGGAUGCUACAAUAAUGGAGUGAUGGGAGAGAUCAAGUGGGAGCUCAGGCCCGGCGGGAUGCUUGUCCAGAAGCGCGAGAGCCAGAAGUCAGGAGAGGGUAUGAUCACCGUAAGGGUCUCGUAUGGCACUCAGUGGCACGACAUUCCCAUUGAAGCCACCUCAACUUUCGGGGAAUUGAAGAUGAUCCUGUCCCUCUUGACAAGCCUGGAGCCAGCAGGGCAAAGGCUGUUGUUCAGAGGAAAAGAGAGGGAAGACACAGAACAUCUACACAUGAUUGGGGUCGGAGACAGAGACAAAGUGCUCCUCCUAGAAGACCCAGCGAUCAAAGAGAGGAAGAGACUGCUCCAUACCCUCUCCGGGUCGAGUCAGCCCAUCGGCGCCCCGUUCCGUACCAUCAGCGUCUGAUUACUCAAAUUAAGUAUCCAUUAACCCUUUUGAUUGAUUAAAACAAGCAAAGAGAGGUCAGCAUUGUUCUACCCCCUCACUAACCCUUUAGAAAAAAAAAAUGAUCGAAUGCCGUGGCAAGUUAUUAAAUCGGGCUAAUUAAUAUAAUUAGCGACCCGAUCAAGUGUUUUAUUUUCUCGGUGUCAGUUGCGAUGGGAAUAUUGUUCUUAUUAUAAGGUGUAAGUCGAUGCAAACCCGCAUCAUCAUUUUGAAUAGUUUAAUGGAAUGUACCGCUUGUACAUUAAUAUUAAUUCAAAGAAAUGUUUGAUUCCAAAGGACAGCAA